AAAGAGACGUUAUUACUGGUUAAAGAGAGGUUAUUACUGGUGUAAGACACUUUUUCAGGUCCGUCGAUUAAAUAAAUAAGUAAAUUAUCAUAGUUUUGGUCGACUUCCUGAUAAUACUUUUUAUGGUGUACUUAUUAUUCUGUAUGUAUGGGUACUUUUACUGAACUAAAGGGUCAUAGUAUUUGUUCUGCUCCAGAAAACCACCUCAUUCACACGAGGAAGAGAGAGGUGCAAACCACAGAGGAGAUGUGAUAACGGUUCAAAUAAAGAUAGAAAGGCGAGAAAAUGAGAAGGAGGGAGGGAGCGAGGGGGAGAGAGAGUGGGAGCGGGGGGGAGAUGUCUCUGAGGGAGAGAAAGUGGGAGAGGGAUGAAGGGAGGGAGAGAGACAGAGACAGAGAGAGAGAGAGAGAGAGGCGUUCAGCCGGCUCCAUCCUGUCGCCUCUCAGUCGACCCACAGGAGCAUGUUAGCGCCACAGAGCCUCAGCCUCAGCCGCCGCCGGGACUACAGGACCCACAAUGCACUGGGACCCACGGCCGCCAGUCGGUCACCCACCUGGGAACCACAGGACGACGAGCCGAUCAAGGAGAUCAGCAUCACUCAUCACGUGAAGGAAGGAUCGGAGAAGGCCGACCCGCGACAGUUCGAGCUCCGCAAAGUCCUCGGCCAAGGCUCCUUCGGCAAGGUGUUCCUGGUGAGGAAGGUCACGGGGCCGGACGCCGGUCAGCUCUACGCCAUGAAAGUCCUGAAGAAGGCGACGCUGAAAGUGCGCGACCGGGUCAGGACGAAGAUGGAGAGGGACAUCCUGGUGGAGGUCAACCACCCCUUCAUCGUCAAGCUGCACUACGCCUUUCAGACGGAGGGGAAACUCUACCUGAUCCUGGACUUCCUCCGAGGAGGAGACCUCUUCACCCGCCUCUCCAAGGAGGUGAUGUUUACGGAGGAGGACGUGAAGUUCUACCUGGCGGAACUCGCGCUGGCCCUCGAUCACCUUCACGGCCUCGGCAUCAUUUACAGGGACCUCAAGCCAGAGAACAUCCUGCUCGAUGAGGAGGGACACAUCAAGCUGACCGACUUCGGCCUCAGCAAGGAGUCCAUCGACCACGAGAACAAGGCCUACUCCUUCUGCGGGACGGUGGAGUACAUGGCCCCCGAGGUGGUGAACCGCAGGGGCCACACGCACAGCGCCGACUGGUGGUCCUACGGCGUGCUCAUGUUCGAGAUGCUGACGGGAACGCUGCCGUUUCAGGGAAAAGACCGGAAAGAGACGAUGACCAUGAUCCUGAAGGCCAAGCUGGGGAUGCCACAGUUUCUGAGCUCAGAAGCUCAGAGUCUCCUGAGGAACCUUUUCAAACGCAAUCCGUCCAACAGAUUAGGAGCUGGACCGGACGGCGUGGAGGAGAUCAAGAGGCACCCGUUCUUCAGCACCAUCGACUGGAACAAGUUGUUCCGCAGAGAGAUUCCUCCUCCUUUCAAACCGGCCUCAGGACGACCUGACGACACCUUCUACUUCGAUCCAGAGUUCACAGCCAAAACCCCGAGAGACUCUCCGGGGGUUCCUCCCAGCGCCAACGCCCAUCAGCUGUUCAGAGGCUUCAGCUUCGUGGCGAUAACAGAAGAAGACACGCAGCCCAUCCCCAGCACGAUGGUGCAGCAGCUCCACAGAAGCACGUCGCAGUUCUCUGACGCCUACGACAUCAAAGAGGACAUCGGCGUCGGCUCGUACUCCGUCUGCAGGCGCGCCGUGCACAAAGGGAGCGGCAUGGAGUACGCCGUCAAGAUCAUCAGCAAGUCCAAGAAGGACCCGACGGAGGAGGUGGAGAUCCUGCUGAGAUACGGACAGCAUCCCAACAUCAUCACCCUCAAGGACGUGUACGACGACGGCCGCUCCGUCUUCCUGGUGACGGAGCUCAUGAAGGGAGGAGAGCUGCUGGACAAAAUCCUGCGGCAGAAGUUUUUCUCUGAGCGGGAGGCCAGCGCCGUCCUCUACACCAUCACCAAGACGUUGGAGUACCUGCACGUGCAGGGGGUGGUGCACCGAGACCUGAAGCCCAGCAACAUCCUCUACGUGGACGAGAGCGGGAACGCUGAGUCCAUCAGGAUCUGCGACUUCGGCUUCGCCAAACAGCUGCGGGCGGAGAACGGGCUGCUGAUGACGCCGUGCUACACCGCCAACUUCGUGGCCCCGGAGGUCCUGAAGAAGCAGGGCUACGACGCGGCCUGUGACAUCUGGAGUCUGGGAGUGCUGCUGUACACCAUGCUGACGGGCUUCACUCCCUUCGCUAACGGGCCGGAGGACACGCCCGAGGAGAUCCUGGCUCGCAUCGGCAGCGGGAAGUUCUCCCUGAGCGGAGGAUACUGGACCUCCGUCUCCGCCGAGGCCAAGGAUCUGGUGUCCAAGAUGCUCCACGUGGACCCCCACCGGCGGCUGACGGCCGGUCAGGUCCUCCGGCACCCGUGGGUGACUCACCGAGACCAGCUGCCCAAGUACACCCUCAACAGACAGGACGCCCCGCACCUGGUCAAGGGAGCGAUGGCCGCCACCUACUCGGCCCUCAACAGGAACGUCCCCCCCGUGCUGGAGCCGGUGGGCUGCUCCACUCUGGCCCAGAGGAGGGGUCUGAAGAAGAUCACCUCCACCGCUCUGUGAUCUUUGACCCCAACCCUCAAUGUGACCUCCUUCUCCUGGCUGUGGUCCGCUCCGGAGGGGGACAGACUACUACUGAUGGACCCGCUAAACGCCAAAUAGUAACACAAAGAACGACCCCCGCCCCCCCCACCCCUGCAUUGCACCUCAACGGAUUCUUCUGAUUGGCUGGUUAUCUCUCAGCUAAAAACAUGUUCCUGUCUAUUCUUGGGACAGUCAGUGUUAGCCACCCCCCCCCCCCAGGGGGCUGAGCUCCUGGGGGGGGGGGGUGGAAGUGUUUUAUUCUGACCACAGGAACACGGUGAUCCUGAAGCUGCAGGUCGCUGUAGCCUCAACGAGCAUCUAACAACAUUUUUAUGUCUUGGGGAUCAAGAAAAGUCUUAUUUUGUAGAGACUUCCUGUGAUCCAGUAUUUUUACCUUUAUGGUGACAAAAAAACACAGAGAACAAAAAUCUACAAAGUCUUAGAAUAAAGCUUUCCGUCCUGAUCAGUUGCAAUUUAACUCAAAGAAACAGACGGAACACAUUGAUCACUGACUGUAAUUAAUGAAUAUUUCCUCUUGUGUGUGAGAGAAAAGCUGAGAAAACACUUUUUAAUUUGAUUCUUGGCGGUCGACUCGUUUCACAAAAUAACCUGAGCACAAAUAUGAACAAAAGCAAAACAGAUUCUGCCUUUUCUGUUUCCCCUUUUUCAUUUUAAAGCUGCACAAGAUGCUGAAAUUGGUUCAUUUGCUUAUUAAUCUGCCUGAAAUAGAUUAAUGCAACAAAGAAAACAGGUGGAAAAGUACUCAGCUGUUUUACUCCAAAGUAAAAGUACUCGUAAUAUAUUAGUAAGUACUCGUCCUGCAGAAAGAUCCCCUCGACCUGAUAAUAGUGAGACUUGCAAUGAUGUUAAUAUUGAACAUCAUUUCCUUUUAUUAACUGCAUCUAAAGCUCUUCCAUAAACGUAGUGGAGUGAAAUACUCAAGUAAAGUACAAGUAUAUCCAUUAGUACGCGGCCCCGAAGGCCUAAAGCGAUGAAACAGGAAGUCGUGCUUUUUAGGACCUUUGUGCAGCUUCAACGUGACUCAAACUCCUCGAGCAGAACGGACACAUUUUGCACAACGGACACACAAAGAACCCGUCCUCUUCUCGACGGACCCCGCUUUGUGUUUUUUUAUCCCUGCGGCGUCCCCGGUUACCCCCGGUUACCAGUCAAACUUCCUGCUUCCACAAAAAAAACGACCUCCCGUCUCCGUCUGCUGCAGACGGGGCGGAGGAACUGUAAAUAUGUAUCAAUGUACGAGCAACUCAGGUUUCUAUCAAUCAAGACAAUGCAUUUCUACACACACAUAUGUACUGUAUUUACAUCUAUAUAGAUAUAUAAAUGUGUAUAUAUAUAUAGAUAUAGAUGUAUAUCUAUAUAUAUAUAGAUAUGUGUGUGUGUAUCCAGGAGGAGAGAGGUGUACAUAUAAUAUGCACAAAGGAGAGUGGAGAAGUUUAUCAGUCUUGCAAUAUACAAUACAUAGAUCUAUAUCUAUUUCUAUAGAUCUAUGGAUAUAGAUGUGUGUGUAUAUCUGUUAUCAGAACCCUUUAAACUCAAAGUGUAGCAGGGAGAGAAAAACACAUUUAAGAAGUAUUAAAAACUACUUUAAAGUGUUACUCAAAUACUAAAGGGUCAGUUCACCAAUAUUUAACACUACAUUUCCCACAAUGCAACAGCGAGCGCGCUGACUGCCUCACGUCUUCCAAGCUGCUCUUCACCACUCUGAGAGUUUUGUUAUCUGGAGGCUUUACCCGGUCAUUGCAGGACGAGCUAGCGGUUAGCUGGUUAGCUGGUUGGUUAGCUGGUUAGUUAGCUGGUUAGUUAGCUGGUUAAUUAGCUGGUUAGCGAGCUUGCUAACUCCACCAUGCUUGGAUGCUACACUGAGCAGAUGAGACCUCCAUAAAAGCUUUUAGUGUCAUAACCUCAAUAAUCGACACAUUCUGACUCGAUCCCUAAUAGUUAUGCCUGGAAAUAACAUCAUUUGGUAAUAAAUGAAUAUCCUUUAAAGCAAAAUCACCAUUUAAAAGCCAGUAAAUAUGAAUAAAUGUUUGAUUUAUUAUUGUAAAUGAAUUUUUCCUUCUGUUAAAGCUACUUUAGAUUCAUGGUUUAAAAUGUUCUCUGUGAUUUGGUGACCGGCCCCUUUAAUGCCACCUGUCAGGAUAUUGAUUAUCACUGAUGGUGACAUGUUGAUAGGAUAUUGAUUAUCACUGAUGGUGACAUGUUGAUAGGAUAUUGAUUAUCACUGAUGGUGACAUGUUGAUAGGAUAUUGAUUAUCACUGAUGGUGACAUGUUGAUAGGAUAUUGAUUAUCACUGAUGGUGACAUGUUGAUAGGAUAUUGAUUAUCACUGAUGGUGACAUGUUGACAGACUGCAGACAAUCAGAUAACAUUGAUAAACAUCUCUCUCCUCUUCCUGUGAACCAGUUAGAAACAAACUGCUUCCUGCCGGCGUCGUCCGGCACCAUAAAGGGAACUUUUACCGCUCUGAGAUGUUCUUUGUUUUAUAUGAAAUGAAUAUAUAUGUAUAUGAGGAAUGUAAAAGGUUUUUGUUUGUCAGUGAAACUGGGGAAUAGCUUUUCUUCUUCUCUGCUCCCGCGUUGCUGCUGCGCCAGCUCUCUGUUUUUGUACCAGAGAGAGUUGGACUUUCUAUUAAAAAAACAAUAAAAGGGACAAUCAGCUGA